GCCUAAAAACUCUUUGAAGCGCGAUAAAUCCACCAGUCUUCCACAUUUACCCGCGAGUUAACCAUCAUCAUGAAUUCUUUAAACUGCGAACUUUUAAAAGUUGUUAAAUGUCCCUCUUGUUCUCAAUACAUGAAAGCUCCAAUUUACGUCUGUGUGAAGGGACACAGCAUUUGCGAUUCCUGCUGGGACAUCGCGUCCUGCCCCAUUUGUAAACUUGGAAUGAGCGAUACUCGGAAUUUUUCAUUGGAAAGUGUGUGUUCGGUCCUCCAGUACCCGUGCAGUAAUGAGAUGCGAGGGUGUUCACAUUACAUGAAACUGGAGGAAUUUGCCGAACACCAGGAGAGAUGUGACUAUCGAAACUAUAGAUGCAUGUUUGAGAAGUAUUGCUGUUGGCAGGGGACGAGGGAUAAGUUGAAAAAGCAUUACGUGGACAAACACGACAACAAUGUCUUGAUCGGGAGCACGAGCAUGUGUUUGUGGAAGGAAGACCAACCGGACUAUACUGUCCAUUUACUAUUGGCUUUUGACGAACUGUUUUACGUACACAAGAGAUUAAGAGACGACGUCAUGCACUGGGCUGUCCAGUACAUCGGGCGACCCGAAGACGUGAUUUUAUAUUAUUUUGAAAUCCAGAUUUUCACGGACCAAUUUAAUGACCGCAAAUUGGAAUUUUCCGAAAUUUGUCACGACGAUAUUAUGGAGAACAUUGACGACAUCAUCGACACUGGAUUUUGUGUUUCUGUCCGCAUGCCAAUUCUGCAAACUUACAUCAACAACGAAGGUGUGGUUUUCUAUAAAAUUGAAAUUAAACGCGCCUGAUUUUAACGUGUAUUGUGUAUCGUGAAAUUAAUUAAACCCUGUACUAAAUACGACUAAUAAAGUUAUUUAGCU